CCGACAUACAGACGAUAUCUUCUAUUCCCGACGGCCCGCCCACGACCGAUAGCACGACUGGCCUUCGCGCGAUACCAACACCCCGAUCCGCACUACGGGAGCAACUUCGUUUCCGCCGGUAUCGCCCCGCACCACGAGGAACCAGCUGUGAUCCUGGAAGCUGCAUCUUCGAUAACCAUCGAGCUCGAACAAUCGCCUUUCACUCCACACUUCAUCGUGGGCCAUAUUCAUUUUAGCUUCGGCUGCCAUCUAGGCAAUCAUGCCGCCCAUCCGCACGAUGCCGGUCGUGAAGCCCGUGAGGACUGAGCGAACCCACGAAGAAAACCAAGAGAGGGCCUACAUCGCAGCUUCGCGACGAAGCGAUCGCAGCCUCGAGGCUCGCGUCGAAUCUGCUCGGCGCGCUUCCGAAAUCCACAAGAAGCGCACUGGCCGCUCUCUUCGUGUGAGGGAGGAGGAUGUGAUGAACGAAGAAAUGUACGAGGAAGAGGAUGACGACCUCCCGAUGCAGUUCCGCAGAAUCAACGCCUUGAACCCAGGCUUCGCAUACAGUGCCUUCAAUGAACGGGUCAACAGCUACUUGCAAGGUCAAAUUGGCGUCCGGAACUAUCUACACCAGGCCAUAUACCAAGCCAACCAGACUUAUCAGGCCAAUCAGGCUUUCAACGCCAACCAACUAUUUGGGACCACUCCAAUGAUGCCACAGAAUCCUCAACAGCAGCAACAGCAGCAGCAGUUUCAAAACAACAUGCAGGCUGCUCAGCAAGCCAGCCACGAUCGCUCGGCGUCGAUAGGCACACCACAAGGCUUUGCGAGCCAGCGACAGGCUCACAUCAACACAAAGGCGUCGGCAGAGGCGCGACGUGGUUCCACCGCUUCAUCGCCAUUGCCGACAGGGACAAGACCAAGAAGCGCGCAGUCCAGCCAGCCUCCUACACCGCACGCACUGCAACACUCUUCGCCGGCGCCGCCACUGCCGUCACCUUCGGCGGAUAAUCCAUUGUCAUUCAAGCUGGAUCCCAAUAUGCAACAACUGGUCGACGGCCAGCAAGGCGCAUUUGGUCUGCAGCCUUACCAGAUGACCAGUGGGCUACCAAUGCCGUCCACCUACUCGUACCAUCCCAACAGCAAGCAGGAUAAGCGCGACUCCGGCACCGGCCUGCCCAAUGGACAUGGACUGGACCAGACACUGACUCCUAACAACAUGCAUAACACCUACUCCACACCACUGUAUCAAGACCCACAAUCAUCGCUCGCCGCCCCAGGUGCAAUGGAUUACAGCAAUGGUGGAUUUGACAUGCUGAACGGCGAUUACAGCAUGUUCAACGACAAUAGCGACUCCAAGUACGCCUUUAAUGUCGACUUUGGCAGCGGAGCUGCCACGGGCAAUGCAAAUGAUAGUGGACAAGUUACUCCCGCGGCCGUGGAGAAUCAGUGGAACCCAGAUGACUUCUUCACCUUUGGACCCGAGGCAGCGGCGUAGAAUGCCGAGCAGCGGAAUGGCGAGUCUGAUCCUCACUUUGGUGUAGUUGAUCCCUCAACUUUGCACACCAAGGCGCAGCAGUGGAGCGGACUGCCAUUGGUCGAUCCUAUCGAUAGACAGUACACCCAUCGAACACAUCUCGUUCCGGAUCAGACACAUCUCGUCCCGGAUCACUUCCAACUCGAAAAUGGACACGGUGUGAUCUACGUGUCCGCCAGCACUGCAACAGCAUCUACGAGGCCCGCGGCUUGACAGUCCCAUGCUCGUGCAAGCUCAUGGACAGUACUUUGCACGCCCCUUCUGAGCAAGACCGACGUCUGUAAACAUUCUCCAUGUCGAUCACGUCGAUCGGUGGAAGGGUUCCAACUAUACAAUACUGAUACCCGCUACUGUAAUUCUGAAGGCUAGCGCCAUCAAGUGUAUUAUUAGCGCCUGUGAUCAGCUCAUUGCCGACCAGGCAUGGAUGGGAGAAGGGCCGGUGAAUGACAGGAAGAGUCUCCGGCGAUGCGUGACGAAUGAACGAAUUUCUUUUGGAUACCACAUUGUCGCUCACAAUGCCGGACCUGAUUUGGCGCGGGGGCAUGGCGCAUAGACAUGGGUUGAAUCUCUCUCUUCUCUCCCAGAGGAAUGACAGCGGCUUUUGCAUAUGAUGGAGCGUACAGACAGCGUAUACAGCUGGAAAAGAAAAUGAUAAUCAAAUACGUUGCGCGAGAUUUGCA